AGAGAGAGAGAGAGAGCAUGUGCAUAUGACUUAAAGAACACGACUUUAGUUUAAUCUAAUCAAAUCUAAACGAAGUCACAUAAGUCAAACUUCGUUCCCGAUUCAAUCUACUGACAAAUUAAUCACUUCUUCUUUUGUCCGAAACGAUACAACUCGAGUUUCCAGAUUCGAUCCAUCACUUUCCAUGGCUAGAGAAAACCCACUGAUGAGUUUCUCCUUCAGUCUCAGAUACCUCUGUCACUUCACUCUCCUCAUCUCUGUCCUCUCUUUCGUCUCUUUCCUCUUCAGACACAACACCACUCUCUGUUCUUUUCCUUACGAUCACAACCCCAACUCUGAUCACACAUUCGACCACCACCAACACGACAACGAAACCAUCGAUCUCCUUACCUUCUCUCCCGCUUGGAACCAUUUCACUUUCUCCCCGUCUAAACCGAAGAAGAUUCUCAAGAUCGCUGUGGUCGUUAAGAAAUGGCCGCAGAAAUCGCAAGCUGGUGGGCUCGAGAGGCACGCGCUUACGCUUCACCUCGCUCUAGCCAAUCGCGGCCACGAGGUUCAUGUUUUCACCACCAAGUCUCCUUCCUUCCCUGAGUAUGGCAUGAAAAAUCUCCGAUUCCAUCUCUCUGAGCCAACCUCCGGUGGUUAUCUCGAUCAAGCUUCCCUCUCGCAAGAGCUUCAGAUGCAGAACGCUAGUGGAAGACCAUUUGAUGUGGUUCACACAGAGAGCGUCGGGCUUCUCCACACAAGAGCCAAGAACCUCCCAAACGUGGUCGCCUCGUGGCAUGGUAUCGCUUACGAGACUUUUCAUUCCGACAUAAUCCAAGAACUCCUCCGUCAAGCAGACAUCGCCGCCGCUGUCGCUUCCGGAGGAGAAGAAGCAGAGCAGCCACCGCCUUCCUCUCCAGCUCUGACGGAGCGAGCGAAGCGUGUCGUCGACGAAGUCAAGUUCUUCCAACGUUACGCUCACCACGUGGCAACUAGCGAUCACUGCGGCGACGUGCUCAAGAGGAUCUACAUGAUUCCCGAGGAACGCGUCCACGUUAUCCUAAACGGCGUCGACGAGGGCGUUUUCAAACCUGACGUUUCGAAACGCGAGAGAUUCAGAGAGAGAUUCGGCGUUAGAAGCGUCGUCAAGAACAGAGAGCCUCCUCUGGUUCUUGGAAUCGCAGGGAGGUUGGUUAAAGAUAAAGGCCAUCCUUUGAUGUUCUCAGCUCUGAAACGUGUCUUUGAAGAAAACAAGAAAGCGCGAGAAAACGUCGUCGUUUUAGUGGCGGGAGAUGGUCCAUGGGGAAAUAGAUAUAAAGAACUGGGGUCUAAUAACGUGAUCGUUCUUGGACCGUUGGAUCAAGAAAAGCUAGCGGAGUUCUACAAUGCCAUCGAUGUGUUUGUGAACCCGACGCUACGAGCUCAAGGCCUUGAUCACACUCUUUUGGAAGCAAUGGUUUCAGGCAAACCAGUCUUAGCCACGAGGCUAGCGAGUAUCACUGGGUCUGUGGUUGUUGGUCCGCAUUUGGGAUACACUUUCUCGCCGAACGUUGAGUCUCUCGCGGAGGCGAUUUCACGAGUUGUUAGUGAUGGAACAGAGGAGCUGGAGAGGAAAGGCAAGGAGGCACGUAAACGAUCGUUGAGGCUUUUCACCGCGGCUAAAAUGGCUGAUGCGUAUGAACGGUUGUUUCUUUGCAUUUCGGAUAAGAGUUACUGUACAAUACAAGCUUGAUACAUCUGAGCUAUAGUUGUACUGAUAGAGUUAAAACUAAUCAUUUGGUUUUGCGGUUAAACGCAAAAGAUCUGAUGUUUUGUAAGAAGAAAUUUAUUUAACAUGCGUUGGUUCCUACAUAUAGUUGUCUGGUUUGGUCA